AUGGCUAUCCCCGCAGCAGACCCUGUCCCCGUGUCUCCCACGGACGACAAGAAGCCGGCAACCUCCACCGGAAAGCUCAUGGCCAGGCCGGUCCUCCAGCUCCGUGCUCCGACUUACAGGCGACCGAGUCUUGGCUCGGAGCUCAGGAGUCCUCUCAGUUCCAUUUCUCCCCUCAGUGUCUCAGACCUGACAAGUCCACUCAGCCCCUUGAGGCAGAUGCGCCUCGAGUUUUCUGACCUUGAAAUUGGUUCUCCCAUCGACCCUGUGGACUUGCAAUCUCCUGAACAGACUCUGAGGAGCCCUGUGAGCGCACCUCGGAGUCCCUUCAGUGAUUUGAAGAGCCCCGCGAGGAACGCUAGCAUUGAUGCCGUUAUCGACGACAUCGUUGAGGGAGAUGCGCCUACUAUCACAGAGACACUCCCCACCCCUCCUCUUGAGCAGUCUACUGAGCAGGUUGCUCACAAGAUUCUGGAUGUUCUCCAAGCUUUUGGAAGACACAUCAUCCCCGAGGGCCAGGAGAACCACGAAUGGCUGGGACGCAAGAUGUUCCAUGGCCGUGUUGAGGACUACGUCAAAAAGGGAGAGUCAGUCAAGAUGAUCAUUCCCGCUUUCCCUUGGAAGAGCAUCAACCGCACCGACAAGGUGACGGGUGUUCUUCCUGACCUAGGAGAGGAUCUGGCCCUGGCCAGACUCAACGACCUUUGUGUCGAGAUUGGCAAGGUCUACACACAUGGUGCUGAGGUUCACAUCGCCACCGAUGGUUUGGUAUUCAAUGACGUUGUCGGCAUCUCAGACGAUGAGACCUGGGAGUACGGCGCCACUCUAAUGGACAUGGCCGCCCAGAAGGGCUACGAUGGCAUCAAGCUUCUGCGUGUCAUGGACUUCCUCGGCCUGACCAACGAGAACGAGCCCCUCACCAAGGAGAAGUAUAUGGAGCUCGUCGACGAGAGUCGCAAGACGCUCGAGGCCCAGUUCGGCGACCCAGACAAGGACGUCCGGGCCCUCAUGGAAACCGACAACGACACGCUGAUGACCUACCGCGGCUUCAUCCGCUUCCUCGAGACCGAUCUCCGCAACAGCCCCGUCGCGGCCCACGCAACCUCUGGACACAAGUACCGCAAGGUCGUCAAGGAGGUCGCCAUGAAGAUGAUGAUGCGCGCCGAGUCCUUCACCAAGAUCAUCCUCGCCACCUGUCCCGACCACGUCCGUCUCUCCAUCCACCCCUCCAGCGGCGCCGUCAAGCUCUCCAUGCCUCUCCUGGUCGAGAAGCACAACCCCGACGGCUUCCCCCGUACCCCUUGGCACAGCUCCAUCGCCGUCUCCCUGGACGGUGGGUACCGUUCCCUGCACGCAAAGGACGUCCGCGACACUCACGACUUGGUCAUGAGGGACGGCCGUCCUUGGUGCUUCCGCGAAAAGUCUGAGCUCUUUGAUCUCGGCGAGGACGUCGAGAUUGAGCACCUGUACCCUACCGGUAUCGAGGUGCGCCCCCGUGAGGAGAAGAAUGGAGACGUCAAGCUCGACGAGGCAGCACGCGAGAAGCUGGUCAAGCUUGCCCAGCUUCAGCCCGUCACCGUUGUCGGCUUCGAGAACGCGCCCGAGUUCGUUGUUGCGGGCCAGGAGUAG